AUGGGAAGCCGCAAGCCGGAAAAAUUACCAACGAUCGUCACCUCAGAUUCGUCUCACCAACCACCACUCAACCUUCAGCCACACCAGACUCCACUUCCCUCACUCCUCCAGCCUGGGAUUCCAUCUCAGAUCAGUGUCAAUGUCUUUUUGUCUAUGUUUCCCACCUCUUAUUUUACCUUUCUCCACAUCGUCGCUCCAAUCGAUUCUUCCAGUUUCAAAGGAAGCGAUCGUCUCUCUCUCCGUCACCGACACCCUAGUUUGCUUUCUAAGGGUGUUCGUCUUGGUGGUGAUCGACGAGCAGGGGUCUCUACCGGAACUGUUGGUAAACGGCUUCCUUCUUCGUCUUGCUAUAUGAUUGCUUCGAUUUCAAAAUCUAGACCCAAGUCACCUACGGUUUUUUUUUUCCAAUCGAAAGAUCAAAUUGGGGAAUUUUUUAUCUUAUCUGACCCUUGA